AUGGGCUCCGUCUCCAUGCAGUGCCAUGGCAACGGAACCUGCCCCUGUCGCCAGGGUUUCGUAGGCUACAAGUGUGACAAGUGCGAGCUGAACUACUUCCAAAACCGAGACACACACCAGUGUGAGGAGUGCCCUGUGUGUUACAGUCUCAUCAGAGACCAGGCUGCCAAGCUGAAGGCGAGAAUGCAGGCCCUAGAGAAAGUGCUGUCCAGCAUCACGUGCACCAGCAGCGCGGGAACCAGCAUCCUGGACACCAGCAGAAUGAAGAUGAAUAUGAACAAUACCAACUGGCGCAACAAUCUGGUGCGGGAGCAUCGGGAUGAGGACUACCUCCCCAACUCCCUUGAGGACUUCCUAGCCAUACAAGAGGCACGAGAGGCCUUCAUCAGGCAGUUCACACAGCUGGAAACAUCUGCACAGACCCUGGAGCUACACCUGCGCAGCGUUGCCAUGGUGAUGAACUGCAGCCUGCGAGAAGAGGAGGGAGGGAUGGAGAGGGAAGAGGAAAGAGAAAGACAGAAGAACGAGAGAAGAACGACAAAGGAGUGUGUGCCUCUAAUGGAGACAUACGCUGCUGUCAGAGGAGUGCAGGCACAGUUGGAGCAGGCAACACAUGACCUGGGGAACAUGGUCAUCCCCUUCUCCAUCCCUAAAGGCCCAAACGAGUGGAACGCAGCAGUGAAUGAAUCUCACAUACUGACAGAGAGCCAUGUGGAAGCGGCAAAUCGUAUGGAAUCGAUGGCCGCCGAGGCACUGCGAGUAUCGAACCAGACCUACACCCUGCUGCUCAAGCUAUUGGAGGAUAACUCAACGCAGGUUUACAUCCAAGGGCUGACACAACGCCUGUCAGACAUGCAGCAGAGGAACCUGUCCUCCCAGGUAAACCAGAGUCUGGAGGCUUACCUGACUCUGACGGAGCAGCAGGAUGAGGCGGCAGCCAUCUUGAAGAACCUAAGCACUAACGCCUCCUCCCUCAGUCUGCCUUUGACAGAGUCUAGUCCUAACACCAAUCAGACCAAUGAAACAGCAAAGGAUGAGCUAUUCCUAACACAGGUGCUGAGCCUCCAGAACAGGACCUUAGAGCUGGAUGUGCUGCUGCAGUCUAAAGAGGAGCUGUUGAAUAAGACCAGAGAGGAGCUGGAGACCGGCAUCAAAGAGGGCCAGAAGAACAUCAAGACCAUCCAGGAGUUCCAGCAGUUGACGGACCUGGCCGAGGGGUUAAAGGUUGCGUCCCUGUCGUCUGUGGUGAAAGCGAAGGAGGUGGAGUCUGAGGCAUCUUCUCUGCGGAGGAAUCUAGAAGGCAUGCAGAAGGAGUGGCCUCGUAAGCAGGCCCAGACCAAGGCCGCGGUGCGGAAGGCCCGCGUGGUGGAGGAGAGGGUGCUGACCGAGGCCAAGAAGAAGACGAAGAUCGCAGAGAGAGUCGUGCAAGCCGCCGUGAAAAAACGCCACGCAAGCCAACAUCACCGCCACCCAGGCGGAGGACACCGCCAACACCGUCUCUAAGAACGCCAAAGCAACCAGAACGCAGAC